AUGCCUAUUUAAUUUAUAAAAGGUGAAAUUGGUAAUUAAAUUGGUGAUGAAGGUAUAUCAGGCUUAGGUUUUGGUUUAGCAAAUUGCAUUAAUCUCUCAAAUUUGACACUUCAGCUUGAUGGCAAUAAAAUUGGUAAAAAGGGUGCAUCAGGUUUAGGUUCUGGUUUAGCAAAUUGCAUUAAUCUCUCAAAUUUGUCACUUUACCUUGAGAAUAAUUAAAUUUGUGCAAAGGGUGUAUCAGGUUUAGGUUCUGGUUUAGCAAAUUGUGUUAAUCUCUAAAAUUUGACACUUAACCUUCGUGGCAACAAAAUUGAUGAUGAAGGUGCAUUAGGUUUAGGUUCUGGUUUAGCAAAUUGCAUUAAUCUCUCAAAUUUGACACUUAACGUUUCGUAUAAUGAAAUUGGUGAUGAAGGUACAUAAGGCUUAUGUUCUGGUUUAGCAAAAUACAUUAAUCUCUCAAAUUUGUCACUUGACCUUGGGAACAAUUAAAUUUGUGCAAAGGGUGUAUUAGGUUUAGGUUCUGGUUUAGCAAAUUGCGCUAAUCUCUCAAAUUUGACAAUUAGCCUUUACUACAAUAAAAUUGGUGAUGAAGGUGCAUCAUGCUUAGGUUCUGGUUUAGCAUAUUGCAUUAAUCUCUCAAAUUUGACACUUAUCCUUUAGAACAAUUAAAUUUGUGCAAAGGGUGCAUAAGGCUUAUCUUCUGGUUUAGCAAAUUGUGUUAAUCUCUAAAAUUUAACACUUAACAUUAGUUAUAAUAAAAUUGAUGCAAAGGGUGCAUCAGGCUUAGGUUCUGGUUUAGCAAAUUAAAUUAAUCUCUCAAAUUUGUCACUUGAUCUUGGUUAAAAUUAAAUUGGUGAUGAAGGGGUAUCAGGCUUAGGUUCAGGUUUAGCAAAUUGCAUUAAUCUCUCAAAUUUGUCACUUUACCUUAAUUAAAAUUAAAUUGGUGAUAAAGGGGUAUCAGGCUUAGGUUUUGGUUUAGCAAAUUGCAUUAAUCUCUCAAAUUUGACACUUAGCCUUUUGAAAAAUAAAAUUGGUGAUGAAGGUGCAUCAAGCUUAAGUUCUGGUUUAGCAAAUUACAUUAAUUGCUCAAAUUUGUCACUUGACCUUCGUACCAAUUUAAUAGGUGAAAUGGGUGCAUCAAUCUUAGGUUCUGGUUUAGCAAAUUGCAUUAAUCUCUAAAAUAUGUUACUUUACCUUGAUUAAAAUUAAAUUGGUGAUGAAGGGGUAUCAGGCUUAGGUUCAGGUUUAGCAAAUUGCAUUAAUCUCUCAAAUUUGUCACUUUACCUUAAUGGCAAUAAAAUUGGUGAUGAAGGUGCAUCAGGCUUAGGUUCUGGUUUAGCAAAUUGCAUUAAUCUCUCAAAUUUGUCACUUCACCUUAUGAACAAUUAAAUUUGUGCAAUUGGUGCAUCAGGCUUAGGUUCUGGUUUAGCAAAUUGCAUUAAUCUCUCAAAUUUGACACUUAAUCUUCGUGGUAAUAAAAUUAGUGAUGAAGGUCCAUCAGGCUUAGGUUCUGGUUUAUCAAAUUGCAUUAAUCUCUCAAAUUUGUCACUUGACCUUAUUGAAAAUUAAAUUGGUGCAAAGGGUGCAUCAGGCUUAUCUUCUGGUUUAGCAAAUUGCAUUAAUCUCUCAAAUUUGUCACUUGACCUUAGGUGCAAUCAAAUUGGUGAUGAAGGUACAUCAGGCUUAUCUUCUGGUUUAACAAAUUGCAUUAAUCUCUCAAAUUUGACACUUAAGCUUAAUGGCAAUAAAAUUGGUUAUGAAGGUGCAUCAUGCUUAGGUUCUGGUUUAGCAAAUUGCAUUAAUCUCUCAAAUUUGAUACUUCAGCUUGAGUAAAAAUAGUUUAUUUGUUUUGGAUUGUGA